AAUGAAUGAAUAAUAGUGAUAGUAUAGUUUCAUUGCGCCAUACUGCCCAAAAUGAGGUAUUGUUGGUUAAACAAAGGAACAUUUAUCAUUUACUGAUUUUUAUAUUCAUCUACUACUUUUUCGCACCUAUAUCCCAUACAAAGUAGGGCUCUUUCGAGUCCGGUCUUCGUUCCUCUUUCUCCCUGUGGAACUACCCUCCUCUAAGUGGCUAUAAAUCAAAACCCUACCCUGUGUAGGACAGCACCCUCUAUUUUAAGACCUGAUUUAGGACGAGAGCUGAAGGUCAGGAAUACCUGUGCGACACAAUGACAUCUUUCAGUCGCCGUCACGAUAUACAGUGCAAAGAAACUAGACCGACUGACAUAUUCUGUCAAUAUGCACUUGUUAUGUUGCUGAUAAAUAAGAGGAAAAAUAAUUUAAACUUUUACGAUUCCGACAACAAUAGUACUACUCUCGUCCUGGAAAUGAUCUGACCUUGUAAGGAACGGUUGAAGUUUCUGAUCUCGGACUGAUAGUGUAAGCACAACGUGACUAUAAUCUGUUUAGGACAGGUACCAACCCUGUUUAGGACAGAGGCAAGUUAAAUUGUAAACACCGGCGCCAAAAAACCAUACCUUAUCCAGCGGCACGUCCCCAUAUGGGCCAAAUAAGGGAGAACCCCUGGCACGUAAUUUCACUACUGUGUGUACACGGACGCUUAUUUCACGAGGCUGGGUAACCUGUGGUUGUUGCUUUUUUUUUUUCUCCUCUGUCCCACGCUUGCCUCCAGGGCUUGCUCGGACGCCCCCUUCGUUCGUGAUUCUUUUGAGAUCUUUUGGGAAAGGGGCUUUGAGAACAUUCUGAAUAGACUGGGGACAACGCACAAAACCACUUGGUCCACUUGGGAGUUAGAGAGGAUAAGAGAGGCCGAUUUCAGCUGGUCUGGCAUUGUUCGCUUGUGUUCCCCUAACAGACCAAAACAUAGUGGAUUUUCUUAUUCAGUAAUCCUGACAUAAUCAACCAUUAGCGUUUGAAUGGUCGAUUAGAGUCAUUGUGGACUUAUGAUUAUUCAUGUCUCUAUAGCGACGUGACAACCAAUUAGAACUUUUGGAAUGAUUACAGUGAGUGUGACUUGACAUUGGAUCGGCGGACUAUAAACUUCACUUGGAGGGAACGCGCUCAAGGGCUUGUGAAAUCGGUUCGAAAACUCUAAAAGCCCCUAUUUUACCAGGGAAUGGAAAAAAUGCCUACGUUUGCACCAAGCGGAGGGCAGCCACUUCUCGUGCGGGGAACAGUUCAGGAGAACUUCGAGGACAAGAUGCCGCUAACAAGUCGAUAUGCAUGGCCUCGUAGGUCAGAGUCGUCGCUAAGUACGAGCAGUUUUCCAAACAGAAACAGCAAGAAUCCGUUUUUUGCAAGGCAUAAUCCUCAUCCACAGAGAGUUAGGCAUCUGAAAGGACUCUUAGAUAUUCCAGUUUGUACUGUGAUUGAUUCGGGCGUCGAGGAGAACGUGGGAAGGUACAUGGUUUGCACCCCGACCAUCGACCAACUGCGACAGAGGCCUCUGAGAUCGAGCCACGGAUUGCGGCUACCGAUCAAUGCUGAUACAGUUGUCUUCGCCAAAGAAAAAGCUGUGCCAUCUAUCGGAUUAGUUCCAAUAACCCAAACCUGGCGAGAGGAACUAAAGAGAUUUACCGAAGCUGCUGGCUUCAAGAGCAAGAACCCUUACACAAACACUACAAGUUACCAGGUACCACCAUCAAGACAAGGAUCAAGACAAGGAGAGAGACCACCACCAUCCAGGGGCCGUGAGUUUCCUCCUCCAUCAAGGAAUGGGGAGAAGCCACCUUCAAGGAAUGGAGAAAUGCCUCCAUCACGGAAUGGUGAGAAGCCACCGUCAAGGCAGGGAGAGUCUAGACUGGGAGAUAGACCCUCACUCUCACGACAAGGCCUUCCCAUGCAGCACAUUGCUCCAGAAUCUGAUAAUGAUCUUGCUAUGCUUGACAUGUUGAUGGGCAUCCUUCAAACAGAUCAUCCUGAUGGCAUUAAAUCAUGGCUGGUUUAUGCUCCUGAAAGAGAAAAGGAACUUGUCCUGGACAUGAUCCGAGCAGUGUGCACAUCUGAUCGUGAAUUUAGGGAAGGUUACAAUGAAGCAAUGAAGUCCCCCAUGUAUGACGAUCAACUGCUACAACAGGAAUCAAGUCUUGACUUGGAUGAGAUUCAAAAGUACAAUGAUGCAAAGAGGAAGGAAAGAGAGGAAAUGGAGAGGAAGAAACAGGAAAAAGAAGAUGCAGAAAAACCAAGAACACCCCGCACGGCAGGCUCCCAGGGCUACACGCAGUACCAAUGGACCAGUCCCGGAUGUAAGCCCAGUUCCCCGUUUAUUGCCACAGAGAAGAGGAAAGAGGCGGUGAUCGAGCAGAGCAAACCGAGGCCUGGUACGGCCGAAGCAGAAAUUGAAGAGAUUCGAAGUCGACUCCAGUCUCGCUCCUCUCCUCGAGUAUUCACUCAUCAGAGAGCCUCAGUAUCACGGCACUCCGCUCGUCCCCAGACCCAGCAAAGUGUGUACGUUCCACCCGCGGAAUGCCUGGAACCCGCUGCCAUUAGGCCGCCUAGUCACCAGUCUAUCAAGUCACAACAGUCGGUGAUUCGUAGCAUCUUGUCAUACAAGCCACAACAGAAUUAGAAAGGAAAACGUUUCGCUGGAAAUUUUUUCUAAUAAAAAUGCGAUCAAAUUUAAGAUAUAAACUUACCAGUUUGUAACUGUGCUACUGAGCACCUGUUAGAUGCUCAAGAGUUAGAGAUACGCGAGGAGAAUUCAGGUUAACAGGUUUUAAAAUGUAAUAUAUAAUUUAUGAAGAAUACUGACCUCUGUAGCUCUGAGCUUCUUUGCCUUUUUUGGUCUGGGCGAGAUUUUGAUAGCUUAAGUUAGGUAUACCUGGAAAUAGAUUUGGUUACAGUCGAUAGUCUAUUUACAGAGCGGUUUUCAUUUGGGUGUAGGAAAGUAAUUGGUUUUCCAUCAACUACUCUACACGAUUGGCUUAAAAAAUUGCGCCAUUUUUUCAUCCAGUCAGAAGUAGUGAGUCACUGGCACGCGUUUUUCCGCGCUUUGCGUCAGCCACAACUCAGAAUUCUGGUAUAACUUUCCAAGCUCUACACUUGAAUUGGCCCGGACGGUUUUUUUGUAUUGUUAACCCUGUUAAUCUGGUGAUAUUUGCAUCAAUUUAAAUUGCGCAGAACUCUAGGCCCUUCCUUUUCUUCCUUUUUGUCGGAGUUGUGAAACUGAGUAACUUGGAAUUCGAUCAGCUCAUUCCCAGGGCCUUUCGACCACGUGCUCAGAUAGCAACGUCAGAAGAUCACUGGGAACGAGGUUGGGAUGGAGGAGCGACCCUGAGAAUGAACUUAGAUUUGUUGUGUACGAAUAUUGUAAGUAGCUUUUGUAAUGUGGCCAUUUUGUGAUGGAGUUUCACACAACGGUUAAUUUUUCACAAGAGGCAAGUUUUAACUUAUUUUUGAACUGUCUUUCAUAAAAGUCAACUUUUGUUGAAAAGUUUUAUUUCGUCAUCACCUUCACCGCUAAUUAGUAAAUUCUUAACUUUCAAAUGUCACUUAUUACGCAAUGAAUAAAUUUUAAUGUUGUCGUAUUUUGAACUGAAAAAUCCAGGUGUCUGUGGUUUUCACAAGUCAUUUGUAAUCGAUUUUUCUUUUUUAUUCAGUUUUAUUAUAUUAAUCUCUGUAAAGCUUUGUUUUCCAAUAGCUGCGAGAUUCAUGAUGCACUAAAAAAGUAAAUACGAAUAUACUAGGAUGUUAUUUUGUGUUAUGUAAUUUGAGGAGAGAGUUUUGAGAUACAUGUGUUGUUACUUUGUAACACGGUCGAGUUGAAUCACAAUUAAGUAUUUUCUCUUAUUUUCGAAUUCAUUUUGCACAUACCACGAGUAAUAAAGUAAUAACUGUCUGGUUGUAA